AAGAGGCAACUAGCAGGUGACCUUUGACCUGAUGAAUGAGCAAGAGCAGGUGAUGCUGUCUAGUGUAGUGGUGUCUCCUGGGCAACUGCAGGGAGCAUCGGUCAUCGUUCAGAAUGCAGCAGCAGCAGUUACGGUGCAAGCAGACACAGAGCUGCAGAUGGCAGGGAACUCAUCUCUCCACGCCAGUCUGCAGACAGGCUCGGGUGUCAUCAGCCAACAGUGUGCCAUAUGUGGUGACCGUGCAACUGGCAAGCAUUAUGGUGCAGCCUCUUGUGAUGGUUGCAAGGGCUUCUUCAGGCGCUCAGUCCGCAAGAACCAUUUAUACACAUGCAGGUGAGCAGAAACAAAUAUAUUGUUGUUUGUUUGCUGUAUUGUAGAUAAGGACAAAAGAAAUCAAUGCCGUUACUGUAGAUUACGUAAAUGCUUCAAGGCUGGCCUGUUACUUUCAGCGGUACAAAAUGAGCGAGAUCGUAUCAGUUCUCGGAGGCCAAGUUACGAGGAACAAGCAUCAGGAAAUGGUCUAUCAUGUGCAUCCUUGCUAAAUGCAGAGAUGCUUUCACGUCAGGUUGGUGCAGCACUUGAGAUGAAUUCUCCAGAUAGUGAAUACAAUUUAUCAAACAAACAGAUUGCCAACAUCAACGAUGUAUGUGACUCAAUGAAACAGCAGUUAUUGAUUCUUGUAGAGUGGGCCAAAUACAUCCCAGCUUUCACAGAACUACCACUGGAUGAUCAGGUGGCCUUGUUACGAGCACAUGCAGGAGAACACCUCCUGCUUGGAUUGGCACGUCGCUCCAUGCACCUCAAAGAUGUCCUGCUGCUAGGGAACAACUGUAUCAUUGGCCGACACAGUCCAGAUUCUGGGUUGUCACCAGACUUAGACAUCAGUCGUGUUGGGACCCGUGUCAUGGACGAGCUAGUCAAACCAAUGACAGAAGUGCAGAUAGAUGACACAGAAUUUGCCUGCCUCAAGGCCAUUGUCUUCUUCGACCCAAAUGCAAAAGGUUUGAGUGAUUCAAACAGAAUUAAGGGUCUGCGUUAUCAGAUCCAGAUAAAUUUAGAAGAUUAUAUCAGUGACCGACAAUAUGACUCAAGAGGCCGAUUUGGAGAAAUCCUCCUCACACUGCCUGCCCUGCAAUCCAUCACAUGGCAGAUGAUUGAACAGAUCCAGUUUGCCAAGUUGUUUGGUGUGGCACGCAUUGAUAGUCUGCUACAAGAAAUGCUGUUGGGUGGUGCCACCGCAGAUGGCACCAUUCAACAGAACAACACCUCAAAUACUACAGGCAGUUAUCAAGGUAGUUCUGGAGGGUCACCAGGGAGCCCAUCGGGUUCAACACAGUGCAACAGUCCACCACAACAUAUGCAGCUCACCAAUGGGCACCUAGGUAGCCCACAGAUGAGCAAUGGAACUACACCUGGCCAACCACCCGUGGGACCACCUACACUUCAUAUAUAUGAGGUAGAAUUGUUAACUGCCCCACUCGACCACACGAAUAGGCAGAACAACUAUGAGUUUGCGUCUCCGAGUAUCAUGAAUAUUUCACAGGAAAAAGCCUGGUAAGGUUAAAUAAAUAUCAGAUAAAAUGAGAAAAAGAAAGCUUACUCUGGUGCCCAUUGGAAGGAUAAUACCAGAUACACUGCAGAUGUUGUUAAUACGCAGAGAAUAACUGAAUGUAUCUGUCAUUCUCCUCCCAUUACUUUUUGCAAAGACCCUUGGUAGAGUUGGUGCUCUUUUUCUUGCUUUAUUUAAUAUUCCAGUAAUUGCAUAAUAAUUCCUACCUGUAAGUUGCAUCUUUAAAGCAUGAAACUUAGUAAAAAAACAUGAAUAAGCUUGCCACCUUACUAGAACUGGUUUCAUUCUGAAGCUGUAGUUUCCCACAAUAAACAUUUAAAAGCAGUAUAUAAAAUAAUCUAAUAAAUAUCAAGUGACACUCAAAAUCACUUCUGGUCUUCACGUAAAGCUGGCCCUUAUGAUCCAAAAUUACCACUUUCUGUUGCACUUUUAUUUAUGAUUUCUAACACUGAAUUGUGAGUAGACAGAAAUGUUUAAAAACACAAUUUUCCAAAUGUAAGGUAUCACGUAAAUUGAUAAUCCAUACUUACCUUUGUGAAGCAAUAUUAUUUUCUUAAAUAAAGUUUGGUAAGAGAUGUCAAUACUUCCUAAAAUCUAGCCUGGGUGGAGUUUCCUCAUGUGUGUAUGGUCAGACAGUAACCAUGGGCUUUUCUUUGUACAAAAUCAAAUAUACAUUAACAAACUUCUUAAGAUUCAGACUGUUCACACAUCCCUACUAAUAUAAUUUAAGUUCUUGUAAAAAUUAAAACAGUGAACAUUUGCAUCUGUAUAAAUCACAUGGCAACUUAGAAACUCCUGCCAGUCUUAUAGAGGCAGCAAGCUUAAUUACAUAUUAUGUGUUAUUCACUGGUAUUAUACAAUUACACUUUUACUUUCAGGUAUGAAUUUAUAUGCAACACAGUAGAAUCAUGAGUAAAUUAAGAUCUCAUACCAGUCAUUUCUAAAAUACAUUUGUAGUUUAUAACUUAUUGCUCUGUAAUUUUCAAUGUUGGAGAUGAGUGGAAAAUUAAUGAUAGAUUAGAUCAAAUGCCAUUUCAAUGCAAGAGAUAAACCAUGUCUAUACACUGGUGUGCAAAGCAAAUAUACACAAAGAUUAUUAAUGCAGUUUUUCUGAGGGAAGCUUAUGAGAAGUAUCAUCACUUCAUCUGUUUAUUACAAAUUUAUCUGCAGUGCAUGAGACGGUGUAAUAGUGGUGGUGAUGGUAUUGUGGCACUUACAGUUAUGACCAGUGUUUCUCAACCUGUGGUCCAUGACUUAACUUCUGCAGUCUGCGAAUUCUUCUUACUGUUACAAUAUAUAUGUAUACAUACCUAUAUUACGUAAGAUAAUUAUGACCACUUUCUUCUCAGUAUAUGCUGCCCUGAUAAUAUGAGAGAUUUGUGAGAAAUUAUUUCAUGUCAUAUUGCACAAUUUCAAUUAUAAAUGUUCAAUGUGGGAGAUUAAUAUGGCCAUUUCAUUUUAAUAACAUAUAAAGAUCUUUUUAACUAAUUUCUAAGAUAAUUCCAAUUUAUGUAGGAUGUAAACAUGUUUACAUGUGCUAGUAAUAACCAGAUUUUGAAUUUAUUAUUUAUACUGUACAAUGUGAUACAGAUUAUUAGUCCUUGGUAAACCUACGGCUGUUUCACUGGUCUUUGAAUAAGAAAAGGCUGAGAACCACUGGUUAUGAUGACAUGGUGGAUCUUAACAUUAAAAAUGUAUGAACAGGAGAACAUACCAUUUUGAUAUACAGGAUGGAAUGUAAAACAAAACGCUAAAGAGUGGAUAACAAGAAAAAUUGGUUAAGUAAAUCCACAUAAUAAUCUGAGAAAGGGAAGGACACUUACUGACAUUCUGGUGGUUAUGGCUUUUCAAAUCAUAGAUCAAUCUUAGCAUAUUCAGCAAUAGUUUCCUUUCCAUUCUUUCCUAUAUACAUUCAAAACACUUGAUAUAAAAUUUUAAAAUCAACACAGAUUAGAUUGUUUUGAAAUGGAAAAUAUAAUUAGGCAGGUAAGAGUAAGCAAGGCAAAAACUACUGGCUGGAUAACCAAGAUUUGAUCGUCAGUCAGUCAAUCAAUCAAUCAUUUAUUAGUUCAGAUCUGCAUAUUGAGGCUGUGUUAACUUAACCCUGAAUUUUUGCAGUCCACAGCUAUAAUAUAACAAUAACUAAGAGUCCCAUUCUCUAACUAUAUAUAUUCAGUCUUACUGUUAUAGUUCUAUUCCCUCCUUCAAUUCCAAUUACAAAUUCCUAUAUUUGUUCCCUAAUUUAUAUAUAAUCAUAUCAAAGUAUUUCAUAAUUCUACAACAUUAGUACAGUUUAUUUCUUGUAUGCUAAUUCUUCACUGACAGUAAGCCAUUUUCUACACAAAAGCUGUUCCCUCCAUAUCAUUGUUUCCAAACAUUUUAAUAGUAUAUGUACAGCAUCUUCAUCCUUACUACAAAGGGGACAUCUUCCUUCAACUCCACUCUUCAUCCCUUUCAGUUUCCAAACACCAUUCUUAAGCCAUGGUACCCCACCUCCCACCUUCCUUUAACAAUACAGACUGUAUUUUUCCCUAGCACAUUCCAGUUUCAUCAAACAAUAGUGUAUUAGUGACCUCCUUUCUCUCAUAUAUGCAAACUGAUUAUGCUGCACUAUUAUCACUGCAUCUUUCUUUAAUUACUUUGCAUAUUCCACCCACACUCUUUUCCUUUGGGUCUAGGCAAAUACAUCCCAGCCCUAUUUUACUUAAUUCUUCCCUCACUCUCUAUUCCCAGCUUCCAAAUUUUAAAUUAUGUGCCAUUCAUAACACACCCAUACUAAUUUGUCCUUGUUCAUCUGUAAUAUUUUUAAUCAAUAUUUCACAAUCAUACACAAUACUUUAUGCCUCCUACUGUCUCUUCCCAACUCGACUUCAGUGACCCCAUUCACCGUGUAUCUAAGUAUCCCAAGGAUUUUUUUACAAAAUCUCAUGUGAAUUGUAACAAUCAUCUAUUACCCCUCUUCUAAUCCCUAUUUCUCUGAUCCAUAUAUUACUCUUGACUCACACACACUAUCAUACACAUAUUCUAAACGCUUCAUUUUUAUAUCAGGUGUUAUUAAUAAACACUUGUCAAUUGCUAUUAAGGACUGAUUUCCUUUUACCAUUUGCUUAAAUUUAUGCUUAUUCCAACCUCCUGUGCUAAGUAAUUUCAUUCAACUUCUAUUGAUUGGUAAUACAUAAACCAUCUCUCACACUUCUUGAACUUACCCCCUUCUUACAAACUAACAUUUCGAUCUCCUUCAAAUUACAGUCUCUGCAGUAUUUCACCAUUUGCUCGAUCCCUUUCUGUAACCCAUUAUCCAUAAAUUAACCAAUUCUGAUAUAGUCCACAAACAGCAAUCCUGGGAUUGACAUCCUUUCUGUUACUGAAGCAUGUAUGUUACCUCCAUUAAUAUAAUCACUAACAUUGUUGAUAACAAUAUUAAACAGAUUGAAACUCAGAAUACAACCAUAUUCUUUGUCUAACAAAAUAUGUCACUUUAUCACCUCCACACUUAACACAAAAUUAGAUAUUGUUGUUCAUAUUCUUAAUACUCUCACUCUCUCUCUUUUUGCUGAACAUUCCAAUACAAAUCCAAUGUUGCCGCAUUUCCCAUCUCUUGUUGAGUAAUUUUCUGUCAUCCCUCGAGCCUGUUGCCCACAGCCCUGCUUCCUUAUUCUAUCUGAAUGUUCUUUAACAAGUAAUCCAUAUAUAAGCCCACCAAUUCACUACCAGCUUGUCCUUCUUCAGAAAAGCUGUGCCCUAAUCUCUUAGCAUUCUUUAAAAAUGGGAUCACCCCCUAAUUUUCUUUGUUUCUAAUGAAGUCUUCAUCAAGCCUUCUAAAACUUUUGGUAUUCCUAAACACCUCCACUUUUGUUGCAAAUGUAGUCAGUUUCACUCGUAUUGGUUACUCUCCUCUUCUUCUCCCCAGCCUAAUCACAUAGUCAGUACUUCUAUUCUGUGCCUCAAGAUACACUGUCCCACUCAAAAACACUGUCACAACUCUUAAUGUGUCAAAGUAACCCUUGUCUCUUCUCUCCUCCAAUCUAUGUCCUCCUUCCAGCUCUCUGUCUUUUCUUCUUCUUUUUUUGUAAUCACUGAUCACUUCAAUUACUAACUCACUCAGUUUCUCAAAAUUCAUGUCACUAAUUUCACUGUUGUGGGUUUCUAAUAAUCUUUUAAUCACUUUGAACUCCUUCACCUGAUUUUUCACACACAUUAGGAUCUAGAUCAACUUGUCUUGUUCCCCUGGCAGACCUGGAUUUAGCUCAACUCCUCCAAUCAACAGCAGCAUUAUUAAAAUAACUCCCAAAAUCAAAUCUGCCUUCUAGUUGUCUCCUCCUUACAACUUCCCAUCAUAAUAUUCCUUCUAUACUUCACAUCAAAAAUGCCAGUUUUGGCACAGAAUGACUCAACUUCCACCCCAUACUUGCACUGUGAAAACACAUUUGUACUGCACCACAGCUAGAAAUCAACCAAGAUUUGAUUCAUGACAGAUACAAAUACAUUUCUCUUUGUCAACACAUUCGGCCUAUAUUCAAUUGAUACCAGAGGCUCUUUCCUGAGGGUAGGGCUAACCAUUCACCUUCAUCCAAUGCUAAGGUUAAUGAGUGGAACUUAACCUCCAUGCCUCUUUUAUGUCUUCAUAGCAGGGUGUUUAGGCAAAGACAAUUUUAUUUCCUCUUUUAAUAUUUAUAGAACAAAACAGUAAAUAAGAACAUGUGACAAAAUAAUGAAAUCUUAUUCAUAAUGAAGCUGCCAAAUGAUCUUUGUUCUGCUGUUUGAUAGUAAAGUUUAUUUCAGUAUUGCAACCAUCUUUUUAAUAAUAACAUUUAAGUACUCAAUGAUCAGUGUGGUAAUGCACAGUAUUUUUCAAUGGUUAAGAUCCAUCAACACUUGUGCUAAAAUCUCUUGAACUAAACAAUAUAGCAAAGUAGAGCUUUAUAUUGUGAUAAUAUCAAAAUGUUAUUUAACAUUUCUCAUUUUACAUAUUUUAAUCUUCAUGUAUGGGACAGAAAAUUUAGGAAUUUUUUAAAACUUCCAGCAUUUUCCUGGAAAAACAACUUUUGUUGCUCUUAAAUCUAUUGUUUCUGCAAUGAAAGAAACCAGAGUCUGAUAUUCUAUCAUCAGUGAUUUUCCUUCUUUCACCUUACAUAAUUUACAUAUAACUUACAUAUAUGCCACUUAAAAAGCUGAAAGUGUACAUUGUACUGUAUAUGAGAAUUAAGUAUCUGUGAAAUAUGCAGCCCAUGAAGUCAUGUGAUACAUUAUUAGCACACCAAAAUUUGGCACGCUGUUUCUAAUUUGAUGCAAACUUUACUGUUAAUAUUUUAUAACAAUGGAACUAUUAUAAAAUUCAAUUCAGUUCUUUAUUAUUAGUGUGCUGCAUCAAAAUCCUGAAGGCAAAUUACAGAUAGAGCACAAGAAAAGAGCACAAUAAUACAUAUAGCAAAAUAACAACAAAAAGAUUUUCAAGAAAUUAUGUGAGUGUAGAUAAAGUUAAUACACAAAAGAAAAUUGCUACUAAAUAUAUCAAUAUCUUUAUAAUAAUAAUUUAAUUUAAUUAAGUUGAUUAGGUUAAAAGGGGAAGAAAAUAUGCAAAAUAAAUAUAAACAAACAUGAUACUAACUCAGGGAAUUUAUAUAAUUAGGGCAAUAACACAUUAUGUAGUCAGUGCUAUGUGGACAAGGUGAGAAAGGGGGAAAGAUGUAUGUAAAUUUACAAUGAAUGUAAUUAACAUCUAAUUAUGUACAGUACCACAGUUAUUAUAAAAUAUGAUUAAGGAAAAAAAUAAUAAUAACACAACAAAUAAAUGAAUAACAAUAAUAAUAAAAUGAACAGUGGAGUAACAGAAAGCAACAAAGAUGUGUGACAAAUAUUUUUGUACUAGAGAUUAAUGUUCGGUACUCAGGAAUAGGGGGUUACAUAAGCAAGUCAUCUGCCUACUGGGUUGCCUAUGUCACAAGCAUUUACUUAACUCUCACAUACAAUGCUUAUAAUUAAUUUACCUUAUGCAUCUCACUGCAUUUAUUUCUUAAGUAUGACCUGUUUGCAUUUAUUUCUGGUAGGUAACCAGACUCACCAGGCUUUUUACCUAUGAAUUUCAGAUACCUAUAUGUAUUAUGUAAAAUAACCUUAACAAUGAUCAGCACAACAACACUGGUCCAGAGGCCGGCAGAGGCAAUAUAUUUACUUAAUAUAAGACUGCAUAAGUUAACUCACUUGAACUAGGGUAGCUUUUGCUGAUGUUCAAGCAACUGAUAUGCUCACAUUGCAUUCCAGAAAUAUGCUCAGUAUCUCAUCAAACUGGAAGCUGUAUUGAUACUGCAAUUUGUAUGUUCAACAAGUUCAGACUAUUUAUGGGAAGCCAUUUGUUACAACUAAACUUAAUCCUAUGCUGCACCCAAUACAGCAAACUGUACUAAAAACCAAAUGCCCUGCCAUUUUUUAUAUACUGAAGGUCAUAAAUAAAGGGCAUUUAAAUUAAUUGAUGGACACUCAUUUACAACUUGGCUUAACCCUUUGCAGCAUCUAACACACCAGAUCACAGUGCAACUACUGCAGGAACCAGAUUCCUUGCAAGUUAUUGGCAUGAGGUGAAGAACAAGGUGAUAAGCACUGCACACACACCUCCACACUUUUCUGUUUUAAAACAUUGCUUUGUUUCAAAAAUUGCAGUUCACCAGUGAAAAUGUAAUCUAAAUGUUAACUGUAUGUUGCAGACAUUCCUAGUACAAUAUAUUAAUUUUUCACUUUUGUAAAUAAAUAGAAAUAUUUAUAAAAGGAAAAACUAUCCAGUCACAUUCCUGUCAUAAUACUUCCAUGAUAAGUAUGUUUACUACCAAAUAUUUACCCAUAGUUUUUCCCAUCCCCACCCAAAAUUCUCUUUAUGGUGUACAGUAAUUUGGUUCCUACAGUAAAUGCAUGAUCUGGUAUGACACCUUAUUUAUUCACAUUAUGAUAAGUUUUUAAGUUUGAAGUUGAAUUUGAGCUU